AUGGCGCAGCUGAGCGCUCCUGAGCAGGGCCGGAAGAAGAAGAGGCUGGGCUUUGGCUUGCAGCCCGCCAUGAAGAAGGGACGGAUGAUGGCGCUGGUUGAGGAAGAGGACGCUCCAAGUGUCGCCCCAUUGGGCAAGACCGCGAGGGAGAGGUCCAUGAACCAGGAGAAGGAGAAGCAGAAGCGGAGAACAAGGGAGGAGGAGAGGAAGAAAGCUCGCAGGUCGAUGAAAGAAGAAUUGUUGGCGAGAUUUCACAAAGAGCUGGAAAAAGAGGAGGAAGCCGAAAGCAUAAGCGAGUGGAUUGAAAGAGUGGAAUCCUGUCCGGUGUUCACGCCCACCAAGGAGCAAUUUGAGGACCCGCUCAAGUACAUUGAGAGUAUUGCACCUGAGGUGGCGGCUGAAUUUGGCAUCUGCAAGGUGAUCCCUCCAGGGUGCUACGUGAGCCGCAUGUUCACGGGGCGCACCAAGUUCUGGGACACUGACUUCAAGAUGGAGGUGCGCAAGCAGCCGCUGCGCAUGGUGGACUGGGACAAGAAGGACACCGCGACCAAGGAUGUCAACUUCAACAAGGACACCAAGCUGUGGACGGUGAAGGAGCUGGAGGAGUGGGCCAACGACUUUGUGACCAAGAACUACGAGAACAGCGCCAGCAUGCUCCAGCUGCGCUUCAUUGAGCGCGAGUUCUGGAAGGAGUUUCUGCUGCGCCAGAACAAGUCCGUGCGCUACGCCAGUGACGUUCCCGGCACUGUCUUCGACGACUGGGAGGCACUGGGACGCUCCAAGUGGAACCUGGGGACUCUGCCCACGCUGCCCGACUCGGUCCUACGCAUUGUGGAGGACGGAGCUCCACCCAUUCCGGGGGUGACGGAGCCCAUGCUGUACGUGGGCAUGCUCUUCUCCAUGUUUGCCUGGCACGUGGAGGAUCAGUACCUCUACAGCAUCAACUACCACCAUCUGGGUGCCCCCAAGACCUGGUACGGCGUUCCCGGCCAGGCUGCGCAAGCCUUUGAGCGAGUCGCUCGUGAGAAGGUGUUCAACCUGCCCGAUGACGAGGCGGGGCUGGCGCGCACGCUGCGGCUGCUGAUUGGCAAGACCAUCAUGUUCCCGCCGGGCCUGCUCGUGGACGCGGGCGUGCCCGUGUGCCGCGCCGUGCAGCAGCCGGGCGAGUUCGUCAUCACCUUCCCCCGCAGCUACCACGCGGGCUUCAGCAACGGCUUCAACUGCGGCGAAGCGGUCAACUUCGCGAUGCCGGACUGGUUUGCAUAUGGCGCAGCUUGCACGCGGCGGUACCGGCUGCUGCGGCAGGUGCAGGUGGUGGCCUACGACGAGCUGCUCUGCAAGGAGGCGGAACAGCUGCACGCCAGGAUGCACGCCAACAGCGACACCCACUAUGAGCCGACGGCCAUGGACACGGCCACCAUGGUGGAGUUCGUUCGGCUGAUGCGGUGGCAGCACUGGCAGCGCUGGCGACUGGCGAACAAGGGCUUCACCGCGGAGCCCAUCCAGCUGGUGCAGCGCAAGUCGGUGGAGUGCGCGCUGUGCAACCACAAAAACUACCUCGCCUACGUGCUCUGUGACUGCAACGAUGGGGCCCCCAUGUGCCUCAACCACCCGGAGGAGCUGCGCGCAUGCCGCUGCCGGCCCCAGCGUGCGCCUGACAACAGCCUGUUCCCCGGUGGCGCCGUUUACCACGCGCUCGAGCUGCCCGUUCUUGAGGCGAUUGCCGCCGAAUUCGAAAGUCAGCCGGGUGUUCCAAAGAAGCUGGCCGAUACUGCAAAGCACGAAGUGACCAAAGAGGAGCUGAAGGACGUGGCGGUGCUGGGCGCAGCGCGCGAGGAGCUCAUGGGGGAUGGCCAGCCACGGGAGGGCGGGGCCAGCAUGCGUGGCUACCGGCGAUGGGCGCCUAUCGAUGGGUACGACUACGCGGGCGCGGGCGGCACUUCGCAGUGCAUGGCGAUCCAAAUCUUCCCGGAGCGCCUCCUCUGGCGUCCUUCAAAGCUGGCGCCUGCAGGCAACCAGCCCGCAACCCCUCCUCAAGCCGCACCCACCAGCGGGCGGCAGCCGGCCUCUACGACCGCCCCCUUGACAGCCCCACAAGCCCUGCCGGAGCUUUCAGGACGGGAUGAGGAGCCGUCGGGUGUUCCGGUGCGGGCAGAGUGUAGUUUUGCUGAAUGGAGGGCAGAGCGUGAAGGGUGCGUACAUGGCGAGCACACCAGCCGGGAGAUGCUGGCAGGUUUGGGCGUCACAGAAGGGGCGGAAGUCGAGGUGGCUCCAGUAACGAGAGGAGCAGGAGCGGGCUUUGAGGGAGAGGAGAACACUGCAGGAGAGGAGGGGAACGAUGGAGGACGGGAGCGAGAUGUGGGCGAGGACGCAGAGCCGGAGCCGAAACCUGCGGAUGCGUCUAUGGAGGUUGGUGCCAGUGAGCAGUCGGUGCCUCUGGAGGCGGCUUCGGCUGUAGCUGCGCCCCAAGCAGCGGAGGAGACGGCUGAGCAGGCGCAAGAGGACGGCACGAGCGACCCGGGGGUUCCGCAAGUGGCUUCCAUGGCUCCUGGCAGGGAUGCAGACGGGGGGAACAACGCCCCACUGGCCAGACCAGAAACCGACCCCAACGUGGCGAGCGAGGGGAAGCCAAGUAUCGGGCAGCGCCCAGGGUCGGCAACUGGCAGCGAGUCAAGAGUUGGGGAAGAAGAGGGAGCACUUUCUGCUGGCGCGGAUGAGAGGCAAGGGACUGACUUUGGCGAGGUGUCGGGAAGGGCACUGCUGGAGGACGAGCCUAAAGCGCCGGUCCGGGUUAGUGAGGUUCCAAAGGACGGAGGCGACGAGACAAACCCAGAGGGUGGGAGCCAGGAGGGGCAGGCUGAGGCACCUGCCGUUGUCGAGGCCGCGGUGCUGGUGGGUGCCACGGAGGAUGCCGGUCACCAGGGGGAGAUGGGGCAGGCGGAAGACGGAGAGGGGGCGCCCCACGGAGGGGAGGACGGAUUUAUUGGUGGGAACUUGCAGGCAGCGGGGCAAACGGAGGAGGGUGUGACCGAGGCCGAGGUGGGGCGGGCCGGUGGCGGCGUGGCGGGUGCGGAAGAUGCCACUAUACUGGAUGCAGCGGGGGACGCGGUGUCGUCCGGGGAGGGGGCCAAACAAGCGGCCUCCGGAAGACUUAGUUGGUUCAUGUCAAAGUUCUCAGGGUUGGUGCGUGGCCGGCAGGAUGUGAACGCCGAUGGCAUGCAGUUGCCCAGCGAGAGCGUAAGCGUCGGCGCUAUGGGGCAGGAAGCGGGGGCCGGCCUUGUACUGCCGGGAGCAGCCAGCGCAGUAGGGGCGGGGGAGCAGACCCGCAUGCAGCUGGCACCUAGCCUAAGCGCCGGGGUGCUCAGCAGCGACGAGCCACAUGGCAGGACAGCCGCCGGGGGUGUCAGUGGAAGGGCCCCUAAUAGCACCCUAACAGAGCUGCCUCGUCAGAGCACCCCGGAAAGCGGGCUUAUGUUGGACUGUAAGAAGGGGGGGCCACGGGGCAAUGGCCUGACGACGAACGGGUCCGAUCUCAAUCAGAUUGAAGGGGGGAUGGCGGGAACGUUGGCACAGGUUGCUGGGGGACAAACGGGCAUUGACACAAUGCGGAACGCGACGCCCGUCUCAGCAGCAGCAGAAGAAACAGCUCACAGGGGGGCGGCCGAGGAACGGCCGCCGCAGGGGAUUUCGGCAGCGGGUCGAGGGCCACUGGUGGGGGCUGCCCGUGCUGCACAGUUGGCCGUUCGACACGAGCAGGGAAAUGGCCAGGGACAGCGGAAGCGGGGGCUGCGUGAGGAACGGCCCGAACCCAAAAGAAGUCAAGCUCAAGAGAGCACGACGGGGACAAACCAAUGCCAGAAGCAGAGAGAGAGCAGCCCGUCCGGCAAUGACAGCGACGAGGUCCCCAUAAGUGUAAAGAAGCGAAAGAUGCUGCCCCAGAUGGUGGGAGCGACGGCUGUGAGCAGACUGGGUCUGCACGAGGUGCGGGCUUCAAAGCCUGCAGCGGUGACGCCACAAAUAGCAGGCAAGAGGGUGGACCAUUCGACUCUUGACCUGAAUGAGGUGCCUGAAGGCGCCAUGGCCUGAGCCUCUUUGCCAUGAUUCAUGUUCCUGUAAAGGAUGCUGUAACUGAUUCGAUAUAUCUAGAAAUCUCAAAAGACAAUUCGUAGAAAACAAUUUGCUUUGUGUCUGUACUUGCGUCAGAUCCAGUCUUUGCUCUAUCACGAGCAAAGUACAGGAGUUGUUUAGCAGCAUAAUGUCGUGUCAUGAGUAGGUUUUGGCGGGUGAUGCACUUUUGAGCCGUCGAGAGAGGGUUCUUGCGAUUGUUUGCCACGCUGGACUACCACACCAUUAUGUCAGAGGAUACUAGGAGUGCGGUCGGAGAAGGAAAAUAACCACGCGAUGACAUUCGGCAGGCCAGUGUCUAGAAUUGAGAACCACUCAAAUAACCAUGCGAUUCUGCAGACAUUGAAUGUCAUGUGCCAUAUAUUGCCGGAG